AUGGUGAUCGACCGACGAACCAACCAGCGUUACCUGAUCGAUACUGGUGCCGAUGUCUCCGUGUUACCGAAGCCAGCCAACUACACCCCCCCGACGCCGUCCACCAUGCGACUGUUUGCAGCCAACGGUACUCCGAUCAUGGUAUUUGUAGACCUUCGACAGCGCUGUUUGGUGGAUGCCCAAACCAACCUACGUGUGCCAGGACUUCCGGAUACCACUCGCCAAACCGCCGUCAAGGUGUGCGACGCAAAUUCACCGAUGGCCGACCUGCUCAACGAGUUUCCUACACUCAUCACAAACUCACCGGGUGUGCGGAUGCAAUCCGAGGUGGUACAUCGUAUCGAAACAACGGGUCCUCCAACUUUCGCCCGUUCGCGUCGUCUUCCACCCGACAAGUACCAAGCAGCCAAAGCAGAAUUCGACUCUUCUAUCGGUCCCUCAACGCGCGUGGAUCUACAGAAAGCCUACCACCAGAUCUCCAUCCAUCCAGAGGACAUUCCGAAGACAGCGAUCAUCACUCCUUUCGGCCUAUUUGAGUACGUGACGAUGCCCUUCGGAUUACGCAAUGCGGCGCAGACGUUCCAACGGCUAAUCCACGAUGUGCUACGCGGCUUGAACUUUGUGUUUCCCUAUAUCGACGACAUUAUAGUGGCCUCGAAGACACCAGAAGAACAUCGCGAACACCUGCGACUGCUAUUUGCUCGCCUCACGCAGCACGGUUUGUCCAUCAACCUUGCGAAGUGCGAGUUUGCCCAGCCUGAGAUCUCCUUCCUGGGACACCGUGUUACGUCUGCAGGCAUCCUACCACUGGAAGAGAAAGUCGACACCAUACGUCAGUUCCCGAAGCCAAACACUGUCAUGGAGCUUAAGCGAUUUUUGGCGAUGAUCAACUUCUACAGGCGCUUCAUCCCCCACGCGCUGCGAGCACAAGGACCGCUCCUGGAGAUGAUUCCCGGCAACAAACGGCGAGAUAAGUCAUCGCUGACGUGGACCCCAGCUACCGACACGGCCUUUGAGGACUGCAAACGGCAACUUGCACAGGCUACCAUGCUGGUACACCCUGUACCAUCCGCCGAACUAUCACUGUGGUGUGAUGCUUCCGACUUCGCUGCCGGCGAUAUUCCAAGCUGUUUACUUGGCCGUCCGUUCACCACCGACAUCCGACAUGUUGAAGGCCAGGAAAACGUCACUGCCGACUUGCUGUCCCGAAUCGAACCCAUCCAGUCAUCAACAUCCAUCGACUACGAGAAAUUGGCCGAAGACCAGACUCGAGAUCCCGAGCUCGCCGACAUCCUCAGCGGGAAGACAAGGACGGACCUGGUCCUUCAACGAGUUCCAAUACCUGGCAGCAGCAUGGCUUUGUACUGCGAUUGCCCCGCCGGCAUCAUUCGUCCGUAUGUCACGAAACCGUUUCGUCAACAACUACUACGCGCGGUUCAUCAGAUGAGUCAUCCCGGAGCGAAAACUACCACGAAGCUGAUGACGGAGAGAUUCGUCUGGCUGAACAUCCGCCGAGAUACGCGAGAUUUCGUCCGCCACUGCUUAGCAUGUCAGGCUACGAAGGUGCAACGCCAUACCCGCAGCCCUCUAGGACGCUACCCGGUACCGGAUGCUAGGUUCGCACACAUCAACCUGGACCUGGUUGGACCGUUCCCGAUCAGCAAUGGACAUCGUUACUGCCUCACCAUCAUCGAUCGCUUCACACGCUGGCCAGAAGCUAUUCCCAUCCCUGACAUAACAUCAACGACUGUAGCCGCAGCCCUACUCAGUGGAUGGAUAGCUCGCUUUGGCGUUCCAUCGUUCAUCACCACGGAUCAAGGCAGGCAGUUCGAGUCGACGCUUUUCGCGGAGCUGAACCAGUUACUGGGCAUCAAACAUCUACGCACAACGGCUUAUCAUCCGCAGGCCAACGGCUUGAUAGAACGAUGGCACCGUACGCUGAAGGCAGCUAUUUGUACCAAAAACACCGCUCAUUGGACCGACCACCUUCCCAUCAUACUCCUUGGAUUGCGCACAGCGUACAAAGACGACAUCAAAGCUUCGCCAGCAGAGCUGGUUAAUGGAAGCACGCUAAAGAUCCCAGCGGAGUUUUUCAAUAGCAGCCCGAUGACCAGCCUGCCAGACACCACCGAUUUCACCAAGUCGCUUAAGUAUGCCAUGAACACCAUUCGCCCAACACAAACGGCCUGGCAUGACAAAGCAACACCCUUCGUCCAUUCGGAUCUUCGGACAUGCAGCCACGUCUUCGUCCGGAAUGACACCGUUCGCCCAGCCCUUACCCCGCCGUACCAAGGGCCUUACAAGGUGCUUAGGCGUAGUGACAACAACCCGAGCCAGUGA